AGCGCAGCGGAGUGGGGCCCCGCGCCCCCGCCGCCCCCCGCCGCCACAUGGGCCGCAGCUGAUCGUCGCCCGGCUGCUCGGCCGCGCCCCGGGCAGGAGCGAGGCGGGCGGAGCGACCCGACCGGCGUUCACCCUCCCCCCUUCCCCUUCCUUUCCUUCCCCCGCCAUCCUCAUUCCUCCCCUCCGCGGCCCCGGAGCCCUCGGCGGGAACCGCCGAGGGUGACGGCGGCGGCGGCCUCGGAGCGCCCUCGCCCUUGCGGGCCCGGCGCGGGGAGGAUGCCUGGGGCGGGGAUGGGUUUUCGCCCGUAGCUCCGAGCGCCCCCCCGCUUCCUUCCGCCCCCUCUCGCCUCCCGGGGGCGGCGCGGCCCCGUUCCCCGCGGGGGGCUGUCGCUCAGCUCCCUCCGGCCCUGCGGCGCCCAUAUGGGGGGCAAGCAGAGCACGGCGGCCCGUUCGCGGGGCCCCUUCCCGGGGGUGUCGACGGAUGACAGCGCCGUGCCGCCGCCGGGAGGAGGGGGGGGGCCGCCCCCCUUCGGCCAUUACCGGGCGGGCGGCGGCGGCGGCGCCAUGGGGCUGCGCAGCCGCUCCGUCAGCUCGGUGGCCGGUAUGGGCAUGGACCCUGCAGCGGCCGGCGCCGUCCCCUUCGGGCUGUACGCAGCGGCGGCGAGGGCGGCAGGAGAGGCCGAGCGGGCCCCGGGCGGCGGCAGCGGCGGUCCAGGCUCCGACUCCACGUACGCCCAUGGCAACGGUUACCAGGAGACGGGAGGCGGUCACCAUAGAGACGGGAUGCUGUACCUGGGCGCCAGGGCCUCGCUGGCCGACGCGCUGCCCCUCCACAUCGCACCGCGGUGGUUCAGCUCGCACAGCGGUUUCAAGUGCCCCAUUUGCUCCAAAUCGGUGGCUUCUGAUGAGAUGGAAAUGCACUUUAUCAUGUGUCUGAGCAAACCUCGCCUCUCCUACAAUGAUGACGUUCUGACCAAGGAUGCUGGUGAGUGCGUGAUCUGCCUGGAGGAGCUGCUGCAGGGGGACACGAUAGCCAGGCUGCCCUGCCUCUGCAUCUAUCACAAAAGCUGUAUAGACUCAUGGUUUGAAGUGAACAGAUCUUGCCCGGAGCAUCCUUCUGAUUGACCUGCCGGGCAUGCUUGCUGAUUUCUCUCUAAGGGCACCUUGCUAUACCUGCUGUACCUCCUCUCCCUGCCCUCCCUGCCCCGCCUGGAGUUUUGGGCUGACUUUAAAUUCCUCGAGAAGACAAAAAAUAAAACCCAGAAACUUGAACCCAUUCGGGACAACAGUGAUUUUUUUUUUAAUUAUUAUUAUUUUAUUAUUAUAAUUUGUUUUGUUGGGGUUUUUUUGCUUUUUUUUUGCUUUGUUUUGUUCUGGUUUUUUAAAUGAACCAAUUUAAAAUAAAGAACCAUCCAGAAGACGAGUGAGACCAGCAGAGCGACCUGCUGUCCCCUCCACAGCUGCUGGUCACCAGGAGAGUUCUGCCUGCCAGGGAGGCCCUCGGCCGAAACCCUGCCAUGAUGUUUGGCUUUUCACCCCAAAACUAAAGGGGAAACUGCUGGGGGAAAGCAGCCGGCCAAACGGAGCACAUGGCAUUCCUCACCGGCAGCCUCCCGCCUGGACCUGCCCGCGGGCCCUGCUCGGUGUUUUUGCACUGACUCAACAGGAAUUUUCUCCUCUUUCCAUCUCCCUUUUGGAGAUCUCCAUCCUGGGCCCGGCAGCGGGAGAUGGGGACUCUGCCCCAUGCUGGGAACAGGGACAGUGCUCCCCCAUGCCGAGCCGCAGGGGUCAGUCUAUCAAAGUGUUUACAAUGAGUAACAAAAAAAAGGGAAAAAAGAAAAAAAAAGAGAAAAUGGUAAAAAAGAAGAAAAAAUGAAAACCCCAACUACAACUGAAGCUUCGUGUUGACUGGCGUGUUCUUCAGUUUGAGCUUCCCUGCCCCGGCGAUGUUUACAGACUGGUCACUCUUUAACUCAGCUAUAACCACUCAAGAGACUGGAGAGCCGCAGCAUCCCACCACCCCUCUGCCACCCCUCACUGGGCUCCUCUUGCCAGAACUCCUCCUUGCCAUUGUCCUGGAGUCAAACCCUUGUGAGGAGGGGAUGGGUGAGGUCCCCGAUGGCCUCUCCCCAGCCACCCCUGGCUAUGGGGGUGGCUUUGCCAGAGGUGCCAAGAUGGAGCCGGUUGCUGGCAGUGACCCCCCCUAUCCCAGCCCAGCCCAGCCUAUCCCAUCCCUGUCCCUCCCAGCGCGGCGGGUGUGUUUUUGUUGGUGAGACCUCCCCUGCUGGUGGCCGUGCCCCUGCGGGAAACCUUUCUGUAUUUAUAUAUUAAAAACAAGGGGGAAAAAACAAAACCUUCAAAGAGUUCAGAGCCUGGGGGAGCUUCCUUCAUUAGUCAAGGUGUUUUGAUAUGGUAUUAAAACAAUGUUCAAUAAAAUAGUCGCUGUUAUUUUA